UAAAUACUUGGGUUGAGUAAACCAACGGAAUAAGAUAACAUUUUUGCUUUAAUUUUGGAUCAUUUGGAUAACCAUGAGUGGUGGAUGUCCAUACUUCGAGAAAAGGCACUUGCUAUUCAAGAGCAAGCUGCAUCUAGAAGAGGAAGAGGAAGAUGACUCUCAAGAAGGAAUCAACAAGGCCAGCAAAGGUGGCAUCAUCUAUGGUGACUACCUUCAGCUUGACAAAGUCGUGACGGCCCAAGUUCUUCAGAGUGAACUGAAGGGGAACAAAAUCCACGAUGAGCAUCUUUUCAUUGUCACACAUCAAGCUUAUGAACUCUGGUUCAAGCAGAUUCUAUGGGAACUGGAUUCAGUGCGAGAGAUUUUCAUCAGUGGACAUGUUCGCGAUGAACGUAACAUGCUGAAGGUCAACACCCGCAUACACAGGAUUGUUAUGAUCUUCAGGCUGCUGGUCGACCAGUUCGCCGUACUCGAGACGAUGACCGCCUUGGACUUCUAUGACUUCAGAGAGUACCUGUCCCCUGCCUCCGGGUUCCAAAGUCUCCAGUUCCGUCUGUUGGAGAACAAGAUCGGGGUCCUUGACAACCUGAGAGUCCCCUACAACAGGCGCCACUACAGGGACAACUUCAAAGGACAUGAGAGUGAGAUGCUGCUUAGAUCUGAGAAGGAGCCUUGUCUGCUGAAAUUGGUGGAGAAAUGGCUGGAAAGAACCCCAGGUCUUGAAGAGGAUGGGUUUAACUUUUGGGUUAAACUGGAAGCCAACAUCUUUGAAGGAUUGAGUCUUGAAAAAAGUAAAAUAGAGAAAAUGCAAGACUCUGAGGAGAAGGAGGAGAUGAUGGAAGAGAUGACAAAACAAAAAGAGCUAUUUACUUCUCUGUUUGAUGUCAAAAGACAUGAGCAUCUUUUGGGCAAAGGUGAGAGACGGAUCUCCUACAAAGCUCUCCAAGGAGCUCUGAUGAUCUACUUCUACAGGGAGGAGCCCAGGUUCCAGGUUCCCUUCCAACUCCUGUCCAACCUGAUGGACAUUGAUACCCUCAUGACAAAAUGGAGAUACAACCAUGUGUGCAUGGUGCACAGAAUGAUUGGCAGCAAAGCAGGCACUGGAGGCUCAUCUGGCUACCACUACCUCCGCUCUACUGUCAGUGAUCGCUACAAAGUCUUUGUGGAUCUCUUCAACCUGGCCAUGUUUUUGAUACCUCGGCAUUGGGUGCCUAAACUAGACCCCAACGAGCACACCUUUCUGUUCACCGCAGAGUACUGUGACAGCUCCUACUGCAGUAGUGAGGAUUCAGACUCGGACACUGUCUCAACUGUCUGAAGUGGUCGGUGCAGACUGAGGAAAGGUGCCAAUGAGAGGAAGCCCCUUUAGACCUAAGGAACAUCUACAUAAUCUAGAGUGUCAUAUAAGCUAGCUAUGACCUGGUAAAGUCUCACCUACACCAAUAAAGGGACAAGUAACAUACUAUGUCAUCACAACCACAAAGGCGUCCCUUCCCCCUCAGAACAGAACAGCCUCAAUGUGUUGGUGCAUGGACUCUACAAGGUGUUGAACGUGUUCCACAGGGGAAUGCUGGCCCAU